ACAUAAAAAUCGGUACCGUCUUGGUUGUCCAAACAGCUCUGCCCGCGUGCUUCGAGACGUACGACACAAUCGCAACGACGCCUCAGUGUGGCGAGGAUACAUUAGUGUGUGGAGUGGAUUCUCGGUCUCGGCAAAAUCCAAAAGCGUUAAAAAAAAUACCUGGUGUGUUUUUUAUUGUUGCUCCUGUGACAGCGCAAGAAGUAGGUGCAUUUUACUGUGUCUGCCUGUUCGGUAGGGCGGUCAAAAUUUCUACAAAAGAAAUAAAAUCGUUCCUCGUAAAGUACGCGCUCAUACCCUUAACAGCCACAAUGUUUGCCCUCUGGUACUUUUCGCUUGCGAUGGACGAACUCCGGAAACGGUUUCCGUUCCUAGAUAGAAUUUUUGCGUUUUUCACUGGCAACAAACGUUCCAUCCAAGCGACCGGACCGGAAUCGACACACGAAGAUAUACCGGAAACGCUGAAGGAGCUGAAAGAAUCAGAGCUACCGUCGGAAAAAGCCACCCUACUGAAACCGACCCCGGUUGAACCACCAAAGCCGGUAGAACUUCCGAAGCCGAAGCCAGCCCCGGUGGUGGAACCGGCCAAACCCCUGGCACCGAAAGUUGACCCACCAAAGACACCGACAACAGUCAGUCCCGCAGUGCCCGAAAAAACGGUACCACCAACUCCAGCGGUGGCGACGGACAAACCCGCAAGUGAACCAGCUCCUCCCGUAAAGCCAACGCCAGUGGAACCGGCCAAGCCGGCUCCGAAGCUAACGCCUCCAGUUGAAGCACCUAAACCGGAACCGGCACAAACGCCUGCACCACCCGCUCAAGCUCCUGUCAAAGAACCCGCUCCCGUACCAGCACCCGCUCCUGUCCCUACGCCAUCUCCGACUCCACCACGUCUGGUAAAGGAAAAGAAGGAAUUGCCCGCGCCGACACCCAAGAGUGCCCCGGUACCGACACCGACUCCUGCGCCACCUCCAUCGGAACCGGCACCCAAACCUGAACCGACAACCGUUUUGCCUUCCAACAACGAGGACAGCUUCAUUAUCGUCGAGCAGCAGAAACCGGCGCCAGCCAAGCCUGCGCCGACGAAGCCAAAGGUUGAUCUCAAGAACUCAACUAUGGAUUUCCUACAAGGCGAGGGCGGUGGCCGUAACGUUCCGGCACCGUCGUCUGCCAACAGAAACAAAUCAGACACCAUGGUUGAUGCUGCAGUUCUGGAAAAGAUGGAGGCUGGCUUCGCCAAGCUGGCUGCCUCGGACUCCAAGUCCCUGCUGAAGAAGUACUUGACCCGUGAGGUCUUCGACGCUCUGAAGAACAAGAAGACUUCUUUCGGCUCGACUCUGCUGGACUGCGUCCAAUCUGGUUUCGAGAACCCCGACUCCGGUGUCGGUAUCUACGCUCCGGAUGCCGAGGCUUACACCCUGUUCGCUGAUUUGUUCGACCCGAUCAUCGAGGACUACCACAAGGGCUUCAAGAAGACCGACAAGCACCCGGCCCGUGACUUCGGUGAUGUCGCUGCCUUCGGCAACGUCGAUCCGACCGGCGAGUUCGUCGUGUCGACCCGUGUCCGUUGCGGUCGCUCGAUGGAGGGCUACCCGUUCAACCCCUGCUUGACCGAGGCCCAGUACAAGGAGAUGGAGGACAAGGUGUCCGCCACCCUGUCCGGACUGGAUGGUGAGCUGAAGGGCAAGUUCUACCCGCUCACCGGCAUGGACAAGGCCGUCCAGCAGCAGCUGAUCGACGAUCACUUCCUGUUCAAGGAGGGUGACCGCUUCCUGCAGGCUGCCAACGCGUGCCGCUUCUGGCCCACCGGUCGCGGUAUCUACCACAACGACAACAAGACCUUCCUGGUCUGGUGCAAUGAGGAGGACCAUCUGCGCAUCAUCUCGAUGCAGAUGGGUGGCGAUCUCGGCCAGAUCUACCGCCGCCUGGUGACUGCCGUCAACGACAUCGAGAAGCGCAUUCCCUUCUCGCACCACGACCGUCUCGGCUUCCUGACCUUCUGCCCGACCAACCUUGGAACCACCAUUCGCGCCUCGGUCCACAUUAAGGUGCCGAAGCUGGCCAAGGACUACGCGAAGCUCGAGGCCACCGCCGACAAGUACAACCUGCAGGUGCGCGGUACCCGCGGUGAGCACUCCGAGGCCGAGGGUGGCAUCUAUGACAUCUCCAACAAGCGCCGCAUGGGACUGACCGAGUUCCAGGCCGUCAAGGAGAUGUACGAUGGCAUCUCGGAGAUCAUCAAGAUCGAGAAGUCGCUGUAAGGCGUCGGACAGGACGAGUGGUGUGUGUGUGUGUGUGAUAGCUGAUAAGGUCGUCCGGGAUCUCCCACCUCUCCGCCCCGGUGAUACAUUUGCGGUUGUGGCCGUGUGGGGGGUGUGGAUGGUUUCACAACCGCGCCACCGAACUCAAUACCACCAACAAAUCUCUCCCCCUCCCACCCUCAAAAAUCCCUCUACCAACAACCACUACUGUGUAGCCCAACAACCCGCUCCGUUAGGUAACAUCUCUAUCUAGAUUCCUAAUGGCGAAGAUAGGUUGUGUGGCCCACCGCUUUUCCAUCCACUCACGGUGUGGCACACGAUCAGACACGCCCAAAACCACCCUACCUACCACUCUUGACGUGUGUGCAGCACACGCGACAAGAGCAACAGGCAGCAGUGGAGCCGAAGGAUACACAAAGUGUAAAAGAGGAGAGCACACCGACGGACGGGGGCAGACGGGCUUGCAAAAGGCGGCUGGCUUGGUGUGCCUCAUCCGUCCCAUCGCUAUCGUAUGGUGAGGGACUUUGCGGCAUGAGCGCACUUUACAGCACAACACACAUCAUAGCGAAGAAGACAAAACAACAAAAGCAUAAUAUAGUAGCAGCAGCAAGCCCGGAAUAUAUGCAAGCCGAGAAAAGGAUGUGCGCUUAACAGCAAGCAGCAUUUUUUCCUCUCGAAGCAGUCAGAUCAGAUGGUAGAGAGAUCAAGAGAGCGAGAGAAAAAAAAAAUAGAUCCAAUGGAGAGAAAAUGGAUAAAUGAAUGAACAAAAAAAGAGAAACACAUUUAAUUGAGUAAGGCAAAAACAAGAAAGAAUAAAAAAACAACAAACAAAACACUAAAACAAUCCGUGAUCCAUGGUGUACUA